CUCUUUAUGCAGUGAUGUUCUUGAUUUUUACUGUUUCAGGUAUUAGUUGAAGGGAAAGGUUGUAAUAGGACUGUUAUUCUCAACAGGCCCUCUGUGCUUAAUUCUCUCAAUUAUUCCACUGUUUCUAGGUUGUUGCAGCUAUACAGAAGAUGCGAAGAAGAUCCUGAUGUGGGGUUCGUGGUAUUGAAGGGGAAGGGCCGUGCAUUUUGUGCUGGUGGUGAUGUUAUAAAUACUUAUGAUAUGAUAAAGAAAGGCAACAUUGAUGAAUGUAAAGAACUUUAUCAGAAAAUAUAUAGUCUUGCAUAUGUUAUUGGCGCAUACUUGAAACCACAGGUAGCUCUUCUAAAUGGGAUCACAAUGGGUGGUGGAGCUGCAAUUUCAAUCCCCGGAACAUUCCGUGUUGCGACUGAAAAAACUGUUUUUGCCAAUCCUGAAACGUUGAUUGGUUUCCAUCCAGAUGCUGGUGCAUCCUUUUACCUCUCACACCUACCUGGUUAUUUAGGAGAGUACCUGGCCCUAACAGGAGACAAGCUCAGUGGAUUGGAAAUGAUGUCCUGUGGUCUUGCUACACACUACUCUCUCACCGAAAGGCUUCCCUUAAUCGAGGAACAACUCGGAAAGCUUAUGACGGACGACCCUUCUGUCAUUGGAAGUUCCCUUGCGAAAUUUGGAGAUGUUGUCCAUCCAGAUCAAAUGAGUGUACUUCAGAGGAUUGAAACACUUGAUAGAUGUUUCAGCCAUGAGACGGUGGAGGAAAUCAUUGAUUCUCUGGAAAGUGAGGCAGCCAAAACAGCAGAUGCCUGGUGCAUUUCAACACUGAAGAGACUAAGAGAGGUCUCGCCAUUGAGCUUGAAGGUUUCCUUGCGAUCAAUACGUGAAGGUAGAUUUCAAACUCUUGACCAGUGCAUUAUUCGUGAAUAUCGGAUGACACUACAAGCAUUCUUUGGACAUAUUACUCGUGACUACUGUGAGGGGGUUCGAGCACGGAUGUUGGAUAAAGAUCUUUCCCCCAAGUGGGAUCCUCCAAGCUUGGAACAUGUGACAAAUGACAUGGUAGAUGAGUAUUUUUCUCCCCUGACAUCAUUUGAACCUGAUUUGGAGCUACCAAUACAGCAACGGGAAGCAUUUGCAUAGGACACCACUAGUUUCACCAUUAAGUGGUGGGUAUUUGAAUAGUGAAUGGGAGGAAUCUACACAGAUAUUCAUGAACAUACACAGAGAAAUGCAUAUGUGAGGGAAGUGUUGGUGGUGGUAUAUGAUUGUUGGGAAUAAAGAGGGUCAAAAUUUGAAAUUUACUAGGAUUUCAUAGUACUUAUUUUUGGUUGAUGAUUGACGGCUUAUAGCUAUUAUGGUUUUUUGGGCCAAGGUUUUCGUUUUUCGGAAUAAAUUCAGUUGUGGAAGGUAAGAGUUUCUUUUCAAAAUCCGCUGAUUUGCAUGGUCGUUUAUGGCCAAUUCAGCAGCCAUGGUGGAGAAGAAUCAUCGAGUAUAUGGAUAGAAUUUUUGGGGGGUCCUUUGUCGUGGAUAAAUUGUAUUUCUGGGGUCUUCAUUUCAUUUAAGCUUUGUUGGAAAUGUUUAUAUCAACGUAUAAUUUUUUUCCUGCCAA